GGGGUGGCAAAGGUUCUUCCAGACACUGCCCCAUUACCAUCACUGGAUGAAAUUGAAGAACUCUUAAAGUCAAAAACAUUAAAAAAUAGGUACACUAAUCACUAGCAUUGCUGAGUGCUCAUGUUGCUCGGAUAAUAAGCUUAAUAUGAAUUCUAAGAAGAUAUGAGCUUGAUGGAUUGUACAAUCGUGCUAGGCUUAAUUUGUCCUUAUCAUUGAGAUAUCCAUGGCCGUGGUCUUAUUGUGUCUGAGUGGAAACAGCAAGGAUGAAGGAGAUGAUGAUAUGGCUCUCAGUAAUGAGGGCCCUCUUGAUGAAGUGACUGCUGCAUUGGUUGCAGCAGAUGCCAUCGGCAGGAAUUCGGGGGAUAGAACUGGGACAUCAAAAGUUCAGGAUAUAACCGGUGGCCUUCUCGAGCUCGACAUGGAUCACUAUGAUGAUGAAGAUGAGGGCAUUGAUUUUUUUGGUUCUGGAUCACUUCGUGAUAUCAUCGAUCCUAGCAAUGAUCCUUAUUUGAAGGAUAAGGAUGAUGACGAUGAAGAAAUUGAGGACAUGCGGAUAGAGCCUACGGAUGCAAUAAUUAUAUGUGCAUGUAAUGAGGAUGAUGUUAGCCACCUCGAGGUUCAUAUAUAUGAGGAGGAUAGUGUGGAUAAUGAGGCAAAUCUGUAUGUUCAUCAUGAUAUCAUACUUCCGGCUUUUCCUCUUUGCACUGAAUGGCUUGAUUGUAACCUUAAAGGUGGAGAUAAAGGAAAUUUUAUAGCUGUGGGAUCAAUGGAACCGGAGAUUGAGAUAUGGGAUCUAGAUGUUCUCGAUGAGGUUAAGCCAUUUAUGAUAUUGGGAGGAAAGCGCAAGGGAAAAAAGUACAAAGAGGGGAGUCAUACGGAUGCUGUUCUUGGUUUAGCAUGGAACAAAGAAUUCAGGAAUGUUCUAGCUAGUGCGAGUGCUGAUAAGUCUGUCAAGGUUUGGGAUAUAGUUGCUGGGAAAUGCGAACACACAAUGCUACAUCAUACUGAUAAGGUUCAAGCUGUGGCGUGGAACCGACAACAGGCGACUGUCCUUUUGAGUGGAUCUUUUGACCAUUCUGUGGUUAUGAUGGACAUGAGAACCCCAUCACAUGAAGGCAUCCGGUGGUCUGUUACUGCUGAUGUGGAAAGCCUUGCCUGGGAUCCACAUGCAGAGCACUCAUUUGUGGUAAGUCUGGAAGAUGGUACUGUUCAAGGCUUUGAUAUUCGAACAGCCACCAGUGGUAAAGAUUCGGGAUUGAAGCCAAGUUUUACUCUUCAUGCACAUGACAAAGCUGUUUGCACUGUCUCCUACAAUCUAUCUGCACCUAACGUACGUCUCUCUCAUAAAAAUUACCUCUAUAACAUGUGA